AUGGGAAUAAUAAUGAUCAAGUUCUCGGCCGUGUUGACGGUAGUGGUGCUGCUGUCGGUGGCCCAGCUGGUGGUCCGCCAAGCUGCCGGCGAGGCGACCGAACAACAACGGCGCCGUCCAUUGUUCCGCCGAGCGAAACCAACGACCACCUCCGAACCAGCAGCGGCGGCGGCGCCGGCGGCUGGCUCCGGGGACGAUAGCGAGGGUUCCGAGACGAAGCGACUGGGCAGCGAUCCGUUCUCCGGUCACCAGCCACCAGGGUUAGCGUCCGGUAGCUUCAAGGCGGACACGGGAGAUAAACUCACGACCUUCUCCGAGUACAGCUUUGGCAGCCACGCGAAGCUACCGGGCGGAAGCGAUGAGACCGCAACCGGGGACGACACCGAUCCGGGCGCCGGGUACGGGGGCUUCAAGAACCACAAGAGUGCCGCCGCCGGCCUGCUGCCGACCACCAACGCCAACAACAAGGAGCGCAAACCGUUCGACUUCCUAGCCCGGGACUACGCGAAGGCGAAGGGAUCGUUCGGUGCCGGUGCGAGUACCGGUGCCACCCAGCACGAUACGGGACUGCUGGCUGGACUGAAGUCGAAGGCGUCUUCCACGGUUAGCAACAAGUACUCGAUCUCGCACCCUUCACCGAUUAGUGCGCCUGGGAGCAGCAAGGCCGCCGGUAAGUUGGCCCACCUGGACGACUCGACCGAGUACGAUGUGUACGCCAGCCUCGGCCAGUCGCAGGUCGCCGGCAAAACCAAGCUCGGUACGUCGUCCGGCAAGUACCGUCCGCUCGGUGCGGCCGCGUCGUCGUCGUCGUUGUCGUCGUCAGCGUUCGGCGCGCCCUCUACCGGCCACUUCGAGGGUAAGGUAAAGAAGGUACCGUUCAAGUACGAGGACGGUGGUCUCGGUGCGGCCAGCUCGCUCAAGGGCAAAACCAAGGGCUCCAAGCUUGCCCUGGAUGAUGACAGUCCGUUCGGUGCCGGUACGGGGCUCGGAGGGUUCGACGGUGCGUACGGAGGCAAGCCGCAUCAUCAUCAUCAGCAGCAACAGUCACAGCAGAGUCUGCUCGCCUCCAGCAAGAGCAAGUUCAACUUUGCCGAACCGCCGGCCCUGGUGAAGUCAACACUCAACACGCUGAAGCACUUCGGCGACGGACUGCUAGGUAACGGAAACCCAGGGGGUGCCCUGAUCCAUGCGCCCAACCCGUACGAGCUGGACAGCGACGAGGUGGACGGGCUGGCAUCGGUUGCCGGUACCGGUGGCUUCCAUGGCGGUGCUGGCAAGUACGGUUCACCGGGACAGGGAAGCCUCGGUAGCCCGGUCUCCCAUUUUGGCCAUCCCUCGCACGGUGCCAUCGAAGAGAGCUACGAGGUCGCGUCCGGUGAGCACCAUGGCAAGCCAGCUGCCAUGUACCAGCUGCCGAAGCUGUCACCGUCGCUCGCACCGCUGUCCAGUGUUGUCGGUGGGGUGGUAGGGGGUGGAAAGUUUGCGACCGAUUUCGAUGUCAAGAACAUCAAGCUGACGGACGGUGGUGCUUCCGUGUUCGGGGGCCACAGUACCAAGUACCAAGUAGGUGGUGGUGCUACCGGCAGCAGUAACACACAGGGAUACACCGGGAAGCACACGCCACACCACACCAAACAACAACAACACCAGCAGCAACAGCAGCAGCAACUACAUCCACACCAGGGAGUAGGUCACGCCGGGCCGGGCCAACAUCUUCAUCAUCACCAGCAGCAGCAGCAGCAACAACACGGUCCGCACCACGCACCACCACACGCCACACCACACGCAACCGGUGCCGGCAUUGCGGCCAAGGGGCAGAUCGAGAGCUUCCUCAACUCGGAGCACGGCCUUAAGGACGAGUCGCUGGUGGCGCAGCUGCUCGGCCAGCAGCAGUCGGGUGGCGGCGGAGGCGGCGCCGGUGCCGGCCGGCCACACUAUCACACGCUGCAAAAGUCCAAGGAGGAGGAACAGCUGGAGAAGGAGGCGCUCCGGCAGCAGAUCGAGUACCUGAAGGCGCAGGCGGCCAAGCGCCCGGUCGACCUGUCGCCGAGCAAUCCGGCCCGGCCCGCCAUCGUCUCGAACGCGCAAAAGUUCCGGCCGGUGCGCCGCAUACCGACGCACGUGCGGCUCGGCGUGAAGGCACCCUACCCGCUGCCCCGCAUCCCGCACUACAACGAUCGGCCGUACAGCAUCAGCUUCAAAAUCUAGUUGUUCGAGCGAGUCCGUCUGUGUGCAACCGCGACACACCGGUGCUAUUGUUACCUUGUUGAACUUGAUGUUGUUGUUAUUUUGCUGUUGAACUCUGUUCAUCCCUUUAGUCUUAGUAGCUCAUCGAUUAUUUAUUCCAUCAUCGAGUUAGUACCCUAAGUAUCGACCCUUUGUUGUUUUGGUUUCUACUUUCUACACUACACACUAAAAUGCGCAUCGCAUUCAAAACACACAAGACACAAAUACAUGAAAUUACUCUCUUUCAAUUUACACAACGAUA